AUGGCUCUUUACAUCUUCCUACCCUUGAUCCUCUUGGCAUUAAUAAUCGUCAUAAUCCUGCUUGUGCGCAAGAACAGAGCAUCUAACGAGAAAGAAUCUCCGAGGGAAGAAAAUAAUAGAGAGAUGGAAAACCAAGGGAACAAUAACCAAACAUAUACAGAGAGUGACGGAUAUACAGAUCUGCGUCACAAUCGCGAGCCCGACAAUACCUAUUCAUCUCUGAACCUUUACGAAAAUGCCGAUGACAAUUCUGAUCGUUCGUAUGUGAAUUAUGGUCGUUCGUAUGUGAUUGGUAAUAACAUCAACUAUAUCAAUCCAGAAGCACAACGACGUUCUGCGUAUGUGAUCCCCCCGCCGAGUGAUAAUUAUGAAAUUCCAGACUACAGAUAA